AUUGCGAGAGGAUAUAUUCUCCUCUUCGUAAGGAUAACACUUCCUAGUAUGUCGUACGAGGAAGCUGUAGCAGCGGCGUUCGCCCUCGGUGUGGCCAUGGCCAUGAUCGCCAAGGCCAUAAGGAAGGCGAACUCCCGCCUGGAAAGUGCCUGGACGAGCAGCCGCCUCGCGCUGAAGAGGAAGCUGCGCAACAUGACCUGCGUGUGGCUCUGGCGGCGCCCCAAGUGCCUGCUGCUCGUCCUUCCUCUCGGGGGCGUCGUCGUCGCCGCCAACACGCCAGCCAUAAAGGGCUUGGUCCUCUACGAGGGGGUGCGGUUAUCUACUGUUCUCAGGUAUAUGAAAUUCAAUCUCGUCCUCAAGCUGAUCUUGAUCGCGGUGGCGGGGACGCUGGUGGGCGAUGUGAUAAUAAGCGGUGUUUUAAAACAACUGGUAAUCAUAGCUGGGCUAUCGCCCUUUAUAGUUCUGAAAAGGCUUGUAAUUUAAUUUGUUUCUACGCACACAUAUAUACAUGUAAUUGAUCCAAAUCCGAAGUGAAGUUUCAAAUCCUUUCUCACAUGGAAAAUGAAUGAAAAGUACCGGGAAAAUAAAGGUAGAGAAUGGGAAAAAGAGUGAAAAUUAGGCUCAUUCGUAUCCGUAAUAAUCCGGUUUUCUUCCAAUGCCAUGACAAUAAGUUACAAGGCGAAAGAAUAGAUACUGAUAAAACCACCAUCUAGCGUUUGGAAUAUUCGCUUAUGUAAUGUCAAAUUAAAGAAAAGACUUAACAAUCCAUACAAUCUAAAAUAUAUGUAAAAAAAAUAAAAUUUACACUAAAUAAAAUAUAACCGACGCAGUAUGUCACUAUUCCCUGCACCACACACAUAAUAAGGAUAAAAAAGACCAUGGAAUAAUCACCAUAAGACAAUAAUUUCCCCUUCUGUGA